CCACUUUCCCCCUUGUUGAAGCGUCGAUUCAUUCUUCAUCCUGACGUCAAGAGCAGAACUCAGGAUUUUCAAGCAUCCAUCGCAGCAUGCGGGCGUCUCUCAUUGUCGCCCUUGUAGCUGCCACCGUAUCGGCCUCGCCGCUCUCACUGCUUGAACGCACGAGCAGCGGGGGCUUCGGCUACGUGCGCAGUCCGGAUCGCUCUGUGUCACUCACUUCGCCUCGGCCGCACGACUACAUCGACGUGUCUAAGCUGCCCAAGAACUUCGACUGGCGCAACAUUAACGGCACGCGCUACGUGAGCAUCUCGCGCAAUCAGCACAUUCCUCACUACUGCGGCUCGUGCUGGUCCUUCGCGGCGACAUCAGCUCUGGCAGACCGCAUCCUCAUUGCCAAGGAGCGCAACCCAGGCAACAAACCGUCAGUGGAAGUGCACCGAGAGGUGGUGCUGUCGCCCCAAGUGCUCCUCAACUGUGACAAGAAAGACAACGGUUGUCACGGUGGCGAUCAGUUGGAAGCCUAUCGCUAUAUAAAGGAACACGGUGUUCCCGAAGAAGGAUAUCAACGUUACGCAGCCACGGGCCAUGACACAGGCAACACUUGCACCGACAUGGACGUAUGCGAGAACUGCCUGCCUAGUAAGGGCUGCUUCCCCCAGAAGGCAUACGACAAGUAUUAUGUUUCAGAGGUCGGCACUACUCUGGGCGAGCAGCAGAUGAUGGCCGAGAUCUACGCUCGUGGACCAAUUGCAUGCAGUGUGGCAGUUACCGACGGGUUCCUCAAGUACUCGGGAGGUAUCUUUGAUGAUAAAACCAACGCUACAGACGUGGACCACGCCAUCUCGAUCGUUGGGUGGGGAGAGGAAGACGGAGUACCCUAUUGGGUGCUACGCAACAGUUGGGGCAGUUUCUGGGGCGAAGAUGGCUGGAUGCGCGUCAUUCGAGGCGUCAACAAUGUGGGAGUGGAAGGAGAAUGCGCCUUUGGCGUGCCCAGGGACGACGGAUGGCCGACUCCGACAAAAAUUGAGGAAAAAGAAGAGGAAAAAUUGGAGGAACCUCAAGAAGAGACAUCGGUGGAGUCGACGCUGGGCGGUUGUCGUCAGAAGCUGCACUUUGCUGGCGGAGAGCGCGUGAUUUCGCCACUGCCUCAUGAGACGAUGGAUGUUCAGGAUCUCCCGAAGAAGUGGGACUGGCGUGAUGUCAAUGGGAAGAACUACGUCACGUGGGACAAGAACCAGCAUAUUCCGAAAUACUGUGGCAGUUGCUGGGCUCAGGGAACAACCAGUGCACUGUCCGAUCGUAUCUCCAUCCUGAGAAAUGCUUCGUGGCCGGAAAUUGCGCUAUCACCACAGGUCCUUAUCAACUGUCACGCUGGCGGUACUUGUAAUGGUGGAAACCCUGGUCUGGUGUAUGAAUAUGCACACCGCCAUGGCAUUCCGGACCAAACGUGCCAAGCGUAUCAAGCCAAGAAUCUCCAGUGCGACCAGUUCGCUAUCUGCGAGACUUGCUGGCCGUCGAAGGAAUCGUUCACUCCUGGUGUGUGUGAGCCCAUCAAGAAGUUCGCCAAGUACUACGUGUCCGAGUACGGAUCGGUGAGCGGCGCUGACCGUAUGAAGGCCGAGAUCUACAAGCGUGGUCCCAUUGGCUGCGGUGUGCACGCCACGUCGAAGUUCGAGUCGUACACGGGCGGCAUCUACUCGGAGCACGUCAUGUUCCCACUGAUCAACCACGAAAUCUCCGUCGCUGGUUGGGGAUACGACGAAGACACGGACACUGAAUACUGGAUCGGACGCAACUCGUGGGGAACGUAUUGGGGUGAGAACGGCUGGUUCCGUAUCCAGAUGCACCACAACAACCUCGGCAUCGAGCAGGACUGCGACUGGGGUGUACCCCUCCCGGAUGGCUCCAAGCCUAACGACUUUGUCGUCGACUACCAAGGCAACCAAGCCACGGACAGAAACUUCUUGUACGUGGGCGAUGCACACUAAACAACGGAACGCGAACGACAUAAGAAAACCUGCAUGGUUUGUGCUUAUCCUGUACAAGUUGAAGUCGAUAGGGACCGUUCACAAAAAAUAAAAAAGUCAUGUCAUGGGAGAAAUAAAAAAAAAACGUCACGAAAAGACGUUAGAUCCAACGGUCUCAUUAA